AUGCCUUUACCAUUCAGCACUCCACCUGCCACGGCAAAGGCCGCGCUGAUACCAUUCAAGGCCGCCAUCCCCAAGGCCAAGCUCACCGAGCUCGAGACAUUGGUCAAGAUAGCGAGAUUUGCACCACACACUUACGAAAAUUCCCAGACAGACCGUCGCUAUGGUGUCUCCACAGAUUGGCUUGUCGCUAUGCGAGAUUUAUGGCUGAGGUCCUACCGUUGGGAAUCCUCCGAAGAUCGGAUCAAUAGCUUCCCUCAGUUCUUGACAGAGAUUGAAGGUCUCACGAUUCACUUCGUAGGACUCUUUUCGGAAAAAAAGGAUGCUGUUCCUCUCUUGUUGCUGCAUGGUUGGCCUGGGAGCUUCCUCGAGUUCUUACCUAUACUGCAAAAGUUCCGAGAUGAGUAUACACCGGAAACCUUACCUUAUCACUUGAUUGUACCGUCGUUGCCAGGAUUCGCAUUCUCAUCAGGACCCCCACUGGACAGGGACUUUGGAACGGGUGACAUUGCUCGUGUAGUGGAUCAUCUGAUGAAAGAUCUCGGCUUCGAGAGUGGCUAUAUUGCCCAAGGGGGAGACAUUGGAAGUCGAGUUGUCAGGCACUUGGGUGUGGACCAUGAGAGCUGCAAAGCCGUACAUGCCAACGUGGUUUUCAUGAGAAAGCCGGACGGCAUGACAGACGAACACCUCAACGCGUUUGAGAUCCAAGGCAUUGAAAAGAUGAUGAACUUUUUAUCCACGGGCGCCGGUUAUGCAACUGAGCAUGGCACCCGACCUAGUACCAUCGGUCACGUUGUGUCAUCGAGUCCUAUCGCUCUUCUGGCGUGGAUUGGAGAGAAGUUCUUGGAAUGGGUCGAUGAUCCACUUCCCCCGGAUGAUAUCUUGGAAUCUGUCACACUUUACUGGCUCACGGAGACAUUCCCCCGGUCGAUUUAUACUUAUCGACAGAAUUACCCCUCACCACCAAUUCCAGCUAGCAAUGAUCCCCGCUGGUAUAUUCACAAACCAUUCGGAUUUUCCUCGUUCCCUAUGGAGAUUGCUCGACUACCACGCUCGUGGGUGGAGACGACAGGAAACUUGGUGUUCUGGGAGCAGCAUCAAAAGGGCGGACACUUUGCAGCACUGGAGAGACCCGAUGAGUUGAAAGCGGAUCUGGUCAAGUUUGUUGACCAGGUAUGGCCAGGUAUUGUUGGCGCACAGUAA